GGCCUCUCAACAGGUGCAUCCUGGCUACUCAGUGCGCAUGCGCGUGUGGCGGACGGUUACAUCGGAGAUUUUUCCAAUCAAGCUGAUGACGGAAACACAAAGUCUAAACUAAAAGUCAUUUUGUGUCCUUUGCGAACACAACUCAAGGUUAAGUGAUUUAUUUGGUGUCUAACUGCCGCCCUCCGGAGUGUCGAGUGGUGGGAAAGCGGAAAAGAAGUACUUUGCCUCCUUUAACUGACUCCAGCCUCAUGGAUUACUACAUCCGGCCUCCAAGGCGACGCCACAACCCGGUGGACAGCAUCUGCCGCAAGCUGCAGACCAUUCGCUGGCGCGGCGACCGCGAGCCCAAUUCCCCCUUCCAGAUCCCCAAGCUCUCCUCCAGCAGCUUCGACAGCCCGCAGUGCGGCCUCAGGCGCGACCUGGAAGCCAUCUUGAAGAAGGGCGCCCGCUGCAACGAUCAGCAUCAGAAGAUGCCCAGCUCUGCUCAUCUCCAGAACAACAAUGGUCCCCCUGUCCCGCCCUGCACCCCCGCCAGCCCCUCCCCCACGCCGGCCAACGUCACCUACACCAUCACCAGCACCUUUGGCAGCGACGUCAAGCCCUUCAAAGCCUGGCAGAGGUGCUGCUCCACCCCCUCCGGCCACUCCAAAGACUCCCCUUCCUCAGUGUUCACGGGCAGCCGCGCCCAGACUACCUUCACCCCCUCGCCCAGCACCGGCACCGGUACCAGGUCCUACUGCCUCAACUUCAGCUCUGCCAACACAGGGAACUCCUCAGACUCGGACCUGCCCUAUCCUGCCCUGGUAGUCAAAAGACUGUCCUUGGUAGACGGAGGAGACGCCAACAACAUGGCAGAAGUCAGCCUCAUCUGCGAGGAGAAUCUGCUGGACACCAUCUUCCACGCCUGCGACACGCAGCGCAGAGGCAAGGUGUACGUGUCUCACAUCGUGGACUACCUGCGACACACAACCAGCCGCCACCCUGAGGACAGCGGGCUAGAGGAUCUCUGCAACAUGCUGGACCCCGAGCGCAAAGAUGUCUCCAUCGACCUGGACACCUACCACGCCAUCAUGAGGGAGUGGAUCGACGACUGCCGCAACAACGGGGAGGAAGAAGAAGAAGCAGAAGAAGAAGAUGUAACCCAGGACUCCAUCAAACAGAGGGACACUUUUUCUGCCAAGAGGUCGAUGCUGCUCAACAUGACUUCCGGAAGCUUGGAGGGAUUUGGCGGGGAUGCUUCCAGAGCCGAAUUCGAAACGUCGGAGCUGGUCUGCUGCGUGGCCGACCUCCAGAUGGGCAACAAGAAGCUCCAGGAGGAGGUGAAGAAGCUGAAGCAGGCGGCGGAGGCCAUGGAGGAGAGCAACCUCCGGCUGGCGGAGGAGAACCAGGAGCUGCGCGGCCAGGCCCGAGUGCUCCAGCAGGCGGCCAGCACGGAGAAGAUGCUGAAAGAGGAGGUGGAAGAGAUGAAGGCCACUCUGAGCUGCACAGAAGAAGGCAGAGCUCGCGCCUCCGCACACUGCAAACACGUGGAGAAAGAAAAGCAAGGACUGAUGGCCGACGUGGCAUCUCUUCAAGAGGAGAACUACAAGGUGAGCGUGGCCAUGGACAAGCUUCACAAGAGGAUAGCAGAGCUGUGUGACAUCAACGCUGACCUUCAGCUGCAGGUUCAUUCUUCUGACGCGGCCAUGGGGGAGAAGGAGGCUCUAAUACGAGAGAAGAGCAGGCAGAUAGACGAGCUGAAGGCAGCGGUGGAAGAAUACUCCUCCAUCACAGAGCUGCUGAGGGCGGACAAGAGCAAGCUGGAGACCCAGAUGCAGAUGAUCCAUCCUGACCUGGCCGGUGCAGCAGUGUCUCUCUCCGUGGCUUACAGGUUGAACCAGAGCACCUGUGGGUCCCUGCAGACUGAACUGGCCCUGGCUCAGUCCCCACUGGAGUCCGUGGAUCACUUCUCCGGCGGCGGCAGCUUUGCGUCGCCGCUGGACGAGAUGCUGGACAGGGAGGUGCUCCUGAUGAUGCAAGGAUCCAGUCCCGAUCGCAUGGCCCUGGAGUUCAAGACCCUCGUGAAGACACUGAAGACAGACUUCAGUCACCACACCAGCGCUGUCCAGUCCUCGCUCAAAGCCUUGGUGGACCAGGGCCACGCGGACGGCAGCCUUCAGGCCCAGCUGGACGCCUGGCAGGAGGACUGUGCCCUGGGCCUGGACCGCCUCGCUCGCUACACCGACUGCAUCGAGAAGGAGCUGAUCAAAAUGGCGGGAAACUUGAGGAGGUCCCGCGCUGAGAUCCUGCACCUUUCCGUCAGGGUGCAGGAACAGCAGAACCAGAAGCGACAGCUUUGUGAAGAGCUGAAGACCCCUCAGGAGAGUAGGGAGGCCUCAUGCCAGACCCCCGUGCCAGAGGAGACGGGGGAGGAUCUGGAAUGGGACGAGGAAUACGCCCUGCAAGACUUCCUGAAAAAGGAAAUUGCGGUGAGCAACUGUCGAGUGCAGGACCACGAGAGGGAAAGCAACGCCGAGGAGGCCCCUAAGGGGGCCGAAGAGGACGACGACGCAGAGAAGUGGAUGGUGGUGGACGGCACGGGUGACGGAGAAGUGAGGGACACGUCCACACCCGUGUCUGCAGGUAGAGGACAGACGGAGGUGAAGCCGCACUGUUUGCAGGAGGAGGCAGAGGCGCCAUCAUCAUACACCCACUCACAAGCUGGCAGCCACCAGCACCUCCAGGCGGACGCCCACUCAGAGGAGCCCGAUGCAGACCCACGUGAGACGGCGUGGUCUCAGCCCGCAGAGGCGAUCCAGGACGUGAACGCCUCACCUGGUCAGGACCCAGCAGUCAUGCUGUCGGAUGAUGUCACUUCACAUCCAGCCAGCGUCCAGCUGACCGGCGAGGACCCCGAGGAGAGUGACACCACAAAGAGCCUGACCCCGGACCACUUGACCCCCACGGCAGCAGCGGAGGACACCGCACGCCUGCUUCCUGUGGUUGUCGAGGAGGAAGAGAGCGUGCAGGAGAGCAGCACGGCGGCUCCAACAGAAGCAGCGAGUGUGGCGGGGACCGAGCAGCCCACGGCACUAACUGCAGCGGGCCGUCAGCAGUCGAGCGUGACCCAGAGCAGCCAGUCAGAGAGCAGCAUGACCUCUGACCCCGGCCAAGUGGACUGCAACGGGAAGACUAAGAAUGAGCUGGAGCAGUCACAUGACUCUGUGGACGCCCCGAAGGUGGAGGAGAGCAAAGUGGAGGUUCCUGCAGCCCCCGAGAGAGAAGCUGAGUCGUCAACUAUCUGUGACCAAGGUGACGCCUGCAGAGAGGACAAGACCAGCCUCUCUGCCAGUGAUAAAGAGAUUGAGAAGGCAGGCCAACCCACCCUGUGUGCCGUGUUCCAGACGGAGUUCCAGCGCCUGGCCCUAGGGUUCAAGUGUGACAUGUUCACCUUGGACAAGAGGCUGCGUCUGGAGGAGAGGUCACGUGACCUGGCUGAGGAGAACGUGCGCAGGGAGGUCUCCAGCUGCCAGGGUCUGCUGCAGGCUCUGACCCCGCUAUGUGAGGACGACAACCAGUCCAUGGAGAUCAUCCACCGGCUGCAGAAGAACCUGGACAUCCUCAUCCAGUCCAUGACCCGCGUGUCCAGUCGCUCUGAGAUGCUGGGGGCCAUCCAUCAGGAGAGUCGCAUCGGCAAGGCGGUGGAGGUGAUGAUCCAACACGUGGAGAACCUGAGGAGGGUCUACACCAAGGAACACGCCGAACUGCUGGAGCUGCGAGAGACGCUGAUGCACAACGAGAGGUCUUUUGGGUCGCACACCGAUCGAGGUGAGUCUUUUAAAAAAAAUAACUCCAAGAAAUGUGAGCUGACUUGGGGCCUCUUAGCAGACGAGCUGCGCGGCAAGAAGCCCCCCACGUCCCAGUACUACAAGUCGUCCAGCCGGCGGGUUAGCAUCGCGGCCAUACCGCGCUCUGCUGCAGGCAACAUGCACUACGACAUGAGCAAACAACAGGAUGGUGCAGACAGUGAGGCAGAAAGAGUGACCAGGAGAGCUCCAUGGAAUGCGGCAGGCAAGAACAUGGCACGCCCCCCGCUUAAGCGCUUUGUUAGCUCUGCGGCCUGGGUUGACACCGAGGAUCCCUCUGGCUUGAUGAAGGGGACGGCGCGCCACACCUCGGACCCCCAGUGUGGCGAGGAGCCGGAGGAGCCGGUGGCGGAGAAGAGGAGGUCCAGCCUGAGCGAGCUGGGCAGCCGACUGACCUCCUUCAUCCUGCCCCUCAAGACGUUAGUGCCUCUCAAUGCGCCGCCAGAGAGGGAGGAGGAGCUCUUUGUCAUGCUUCCCAGCUCUUCCUCCAGCCCGGCGUCUUCAGACCCGGCCAUAUGUCCGUCUCUGCCCCAGGCCUUGACUUCCUCCCGGAUGGCGACGGCGGCGCGGGGUAACCGGGGUCUCUGGCUGUGGUUGGCCAUGGUGCUGGUUCUCGCAGGUCUGGUGGCGCUCCUGGCCAGCCUGGUGAUGCAACCCGCGGUGGAGGCGGCCCCUGUGGGCACCGGGGACUCCUGGGUGACCAUCCAGCAGCUUCUAUGGCCUUACGCCGGCCUGCGGCACAACGGCCAGCCCCCAGUCUAGUUCCUCCUGCGGACCGGGUGCUGCGAGUCUGGGGCGUGGCUAACGCGGAUUGGAGCUUCUUGUCAGGUUUCGCCCGACUAGUUUUUGUGUACGGCAAGCAGCUGAGGACAUUUUUGUAGUUGGCCAACAUCCUUCACAUCAUCAUGCAGGUGUCCAUCAGUAUUUCUUGGAGCCGCCGUCCUUCAAACUCUAAAUGUAGACUUUUAUUUUGGCGGCCUUGUGCCACUCAAUGGCUUUUUAAACCCGAGUCCUUUUUAUAUCACUUUUUAAGCUAAUAAUAAAAUAUUUGAAAAGAGUGUUAAAUGUAUAUUUAUGACUUUUGGAGUGGGUGAUGUGUACAUUUAGAUUUUAACCACCAUUGUGUUUUGCUGUGACGCUCACACUUUUGUAAUAUUUCCAAGAAGAGGAUUUGCAUUAAUAAACGAGCCAAUUCUGCAA